AACCGCCCCACCGAAAUUCCACAGCUCGAAUGUGGGUCGGAUCAAUGACUUUAAAUGCCCACCUCAUUUGUUUUUCUGCGACACAAAUUUUCAUCUCUUGUUUCACGACAAACUCUUUCUUCUUUUCAUCUUUCCUCAGAAACUCCAAAUCCGUUCAUCAAAGCGCACUGCUGGCAGUGUCUAUUACUUGAAACCUCAGGAACGCAGCUACCUUGCUAUAUCUAAUCAAGAGUCUUUGUGCAAACCGCGGAAAUUCUCAAGUCAAAGGCGCUGGUGAUAAUAAUGGCGGCGUCGAGCCAGUCUACGGACGGGCUUCCAUCCAUGGACAGCUUCGUUGUGGGAAUCAUCGGCAUGGGCGACAUGGGCAAGAUGUAUGCUCGAAGGCUCAGUGCGGCCGGAUGGAGGAUCCUGGCAUGUGAUCAGGAAGAAAAAUUUGAAGCUCUACGGGAGGAGUUCUCUGGACACAAUAAUAUAACAAUUCAUCGCAACGGCCACCUGGUAUCUCGAGCGAGCGACUACGUCAUCUACAGUGUUGAGGCGGCAUCCAUCGGCCGCGUUGUAGCCCAGUAUGGACCAUCUACCAAGCAAAAUGCCAUCGUCGGCGGGCAGACGUCGUGCAAGGAUCCUGAGAUCAAAGCUUUCGAGCAGCACCUCCCGAGUGAUGUGGACAUUGUAUCAUGCCACUCUCUACACGGGCCAAAUGUAGACCCUAAAGGACAGCCUCUGGUCCUGAUACCACACCGCACCAACAACCCCUCCUCGCUAGCCACGGUCGAAGCCGUCCUCAAGUGCCUCAACUCCAAAAAGGUGAUAUUGACGGCCCGCGAGCACGACCGCAUCACGGCCGACACGCAGGCCGUGACGCACGCCGCCUUCCUCUCCAUGGGCAAAGCCUGGCACGCAUCCGAGGAGUUCCCCUGGGAAGGGGCGCGGUACGUGGGCGGCAUCGAGAACGCAAAGAUCAACCUGAUGCUGCGAAUCUACGCGCAAAAGUGGCACGUCUACGCCGGGCUCGCCAUCCUCAACCCCGAGGCCCGUAAGCAGAUCGACCAGUACGCCCGCUCCACCACGGAGCUGUACAAGCUCAUGUUGGAGGGCCGGGCCGACGAGCUGCGGCGCCGGGUGCUGGCGGCUCGGGAUAGGGUGUUUGGCCCCGAGGGAGCGCCCAAGUGGGAGGAGCGGCCGCUGCUUAAGGACGGGCUGCUGGACCGCUUCAGCCUCAAGCCCGAAGGCGGCGGCGGCGGCGAGCGUCAGCAGAUCCUGCCCAACAACCACCUCAGCCUGCUGGCCAUGGUGGACUGCUGGAGCGCGCUGGGGAUCGUGCCGUUUGACCACAUGAUCUGCUCGACGCCGCUGUUCCGGCUGUGGCUGGGCGUCACGGAGCACCUGUUCCGCAGUCCCGCGCGCCUGGACGAGGCGCUGCGCAUCGCCGUCGAGGACAACACGUUCCGGUCCGACGACCUCGAGUUCACGUUUGCCGCCAGGGGUUGGGCCGAGUGCGUGAGCCUGGGCCACUUUGACACGUGGCGUGAGAGGUUCAUCGUCACGCAGCGCUUCUUUGAGCCGCGAUUUGCUGACGCCAUCAAGGUCGGGAACGAGAUGGUCAAGGCUGUGCUCGAGUCCUCCAAGGAUACUUAGUUGGGGAGUAGUGCCAAUCUUGUUGUCUAUAUGUCUACUACAAGUUCUAUAGUCACGAUUUCUUUUUUUUUUUUUUUUUUUUUU